AUGAGCAUCGAUGUAAUCCCUUCUGUUAUUGAAAAGUUGAAAUAUUUUGCGGACACUGAUCAUAUCCUUAAAACAUUAAGCACCGAUUUAGAAGAAAAGGAAAAAUAUAUAUCAGCAGGGUGCAGGCUAAAUGAUAUUGCCUUUUUGAUAGUGUCCAUUUCACCGAAAGAUUUUUGGCCAAAAAUGAUCGAAAAUUUCUAAUUGUGAGGCAUUUGACCGAAAAAAAACGUUAAUUUUUAGUCAAAUGGAUUUCGAUGAAAUGUACACUGUUAAAAAUCCACGGUCAUUUGGCAUGGAGCCAUAUCAGCAAGCUUGAAGACGAACUCAAGCAAGAAAAAAUUCCGAAGAAAAUAUUGGAUUACAUUCAUAAAAUUAGGAAGAGGAACUCAGAAUUACAAGAAAGGACUGAAGAAUUGGAAUUAGUAAAAAAUAGCUAGAUUAAUGAUGAAAUGAGGUCAGAGUUAGAAGUUUUAAAGCAAAAACAAAAAGAAAUGCAAGAAAUUGAAAAAGUGAUGAUUGAUCAUAAUCAAUUUUUCGAAGUUGUGUCGAAAGAAAAGAUUUGGGAUAACUUGAAGCUGUAUUUUGGAGCGAGUGAGUUUUGUGCAUUAAUGCAAAUAAACAAGAGAUUUCACUCUGUGCUGUCUAAAGAUAGGUCAAUCUGGAAUCAAAUAUCAAAUGACAUUAUAAAGCAAACAUCUGUUAUUCCUAUCCCAAUUGAUCCUAUACAGAUUUAUUUUUCACCUGAAGACAAAGAAGAAAUAAAAUUGCUAAUUGGAAAGUAAUGUCCACGCAGAUUUGUGGCCCAAGAAUAUGUUAUUGGGAAGCCAUUUGAAGAAAAGCUCUUAAACGCAACUAAAACUUUGCUUACUUUAAAAAAGCAAACCGAAAUCGCGACAUCAAGCCAAGGCCAACAAGAAAAGUUUUCAUCAGUAGAAGAACUUAUUUCAAAUACUUUUCAGAUUGACAAAACGGUCAUGCUACUAAACAAAGGAGCUGCUCUAUUAGCUUCUAACCCUCAGAAAAUGGGAGAAUACAUAAAUUUCAUGCAAACUUCAUUUGCUGGGCUGCUAUUAGAAGGUGCAAGGCUUCUUAUUGAUGCAAAGGUAAAACCAACAUAGCAAAUCGAAAAAUUAAAAAAUUUUUUUGUUGUAAAAAUAAGAGAAACCAAAGCUAAAUUGCUAAGUUCUGAACAUUCUAGGGACAGUUUAGAGGUCGCUUUAAAUGCACAACUGGAUAUCAAAGGAAGCUUAGUUAAAAGGCUUCAUGAUCUUGAUAUGAAUUAUACAAAAAAAGUCAGCGAUUUAGCGUUCUUAAAGCAAACUCUAAAACAACUAGAAGUAGAAAAAUUGCAACUCAAAAAGAAUUUGGAGCUUUCAAGUAAGGAAUUUGAAGAAAACAGGCAUAUUUUGGCGAAUGAAAUUUUUAAGCUGAGGGAAAAAUUAGAUGUGGCAACUGCACAGAAGAAAGAGUUGAUAGAAGCUUUUGAAGACUUCGGUAAGAUGUUUUAUUCAUUAGGGUUAGAAUAA